GAGGACAAAAAUUCCAGCCUUGUCUCCACAACUGAAUUUCUGCUCCUCAAAUUUUCUAAUUUUCAAAGACUACAGACCUUACAUUUCUUUGGAUUCCUGACAUUGUACUUGAUAGCAGUGAUGGCCAAUCUUCUCAUCAUUAUGGCAGUAUUAUUUGACUGCCAUCUGCAUACGCCCAUGUACUUUUUCUUAAUGAACUUGGCUGUCCUGGACAUUGGCUCAAUUUCAGUCUUGGUACCUAAAGCUAUGGCAAAUUCUCUCAUGGAUAGCAGGACAAUUUCUUAUUUUGGAUGUGUAGCCCAAGUUUUCCUUCUGCUCUUCUUUGUAGGGUCAGAUUUUGCCCUCCUAACAGUGAUGGCACAUGAUAGGUAUGUUGCUAUCUGCAAUCCAUUACAGUAUGAAAAAAUUAUGCACAAAAGAGCAUGCAUUAAGAUGGUAGUCAGUGCAUGGAUCAGUGGUGUCCUUAAUUCAUCAUUAAACACAGGAAGCACUUUUGCAAUCACCUUCUGCUCCAAUGUGGUCCAUCAAUUCUUCUGUGAAAUCCCACAAUUACUCAAACUCUCCUGUUCUGGCCUGGACUUUGUUCAAAUUGGAGUUAUUGUACUUACUUGUGGCAUAGUGCAAGGAUGCUUUAUCUUCAUCAUUCUAACUUAUGUGAAGAUUUUUGCAACAGUGCUCAAAAUCCCAUCUGUGCAAAGUCAGAAGAAAGCCCUCUCCACUUGCAUUCCCCACCUCACUGUGGUUUUUCUGCUUGUAUUCAGUGGCAUCUUUGCCUAUGGAAGUUCUAUGAUUGAUACUUCAUCUGUUCUAAAUAUAGUCUUUGCAUUUUUUUAUGCUAUACUGCCUCCAUUUCUCAAUCCAUUCAUCUAUACCAUGAGAAACAAAGAGAUCAAAACUGCCUUAUUGAAGUUGUUCACUAUGGCAAAUUUUUCUAAAAUCAUCUCUAGCAGAGUUGUUUUGUGA